AAUCCAAUUGAAGCAGUUUUCCCAAAACCCUCUUCUUUCAUUUCUCCCCCCCUUUUACCUUCUUCACUCAACUUCCCUUUCAAUGGGUGCUGAAAAUCAAGCAAAAUCUGCAACCACCAACGACCCCAAGAAGCGCAAACGAUCUUACUUACCCCACAACAAACCAGUGAAGAAGAAGGGGUAUAACCCAUUAAGACCAGGAUUCCAAGGGUUCUUCAUAACCUGUGAUGGUGGAAGAGAACACCAAGCUUCUCAGGAAGCCAUCAAUGUCAUUGAUACUAUUUUAGAAGAGCUGAUCGAUGGCAAGGAUUCAGAUUCUAACCCGGCCGCGAAACCAGAGAAACCUGCGAACAAAAAAAUAAAGUUUACUUACUCUGAUUCUUCUGAUAAUGACGAAGAUGAUGACGAGAAUGAGAAAGAUAACCAGUCAGAAAAAGUUGCAGAAGAGGGUACAAAUAAUGGAAGUUCGGUGGAAGAAAAUACUGAUCCUGCUAAGAAGGAUGAUCAGUUGGUUGAGAUUGGAUCUGGACAAGUUGCUGGCGAUGUUGGGGAAGUUGCUAAACUAGCUGAUGAAGAUAAAAGCAAGGAGAAGGAGGAGUUGCAUGGUGUUGGAUCUGGACAAGUUGCUGGUGAUGAUGAAGAAGUUGCUAAACUAGAAGAUGGAAAGAGCAAGGAGAAUGAAGAACCACUAGAAAAGAAACAGUGUUGUGAUACCAAGAAGUUAGAAAGCAAUCAUCAAAAUGCAGAGAUGUCUGUUGAUAGGUUAAUUGAAGCUGAACUCAAAGAAUUAGGAGAUAAGAGCAAGCGGCGUUUCUCCAAGAUUGAUACUGGCUGUAAUGGUGUUGUCAUUGUCCAAAUGCGUAAAAGGGAUGGAGACCCUAGCCCUGGAGAAAUUGGACAGCAUCUGAUGGAAUCUGCUUCAAGAACAAAGAAGCAUAUGUCAAGGUUUCUUCUGAGAGUGCUACCAGUAGAAGUCUCGUGCUAUUCUUCUGAAGAGGAAAUCUCUAGAGCUAUCAAGCCACUUAUUGAACAAUACUUCCCUGUCAACAGUGGAACACCGGUUAAGUUUGCUGUUCAAUACGAUGCACGUGCCAAUUCUGGCAUCGAGAGGAUGAAGAUAAUAGACGCUGUUGCGAAAUCUGUUCCUGAACCACACAAAGUAGAUCUCAAAAAUCCAGACAAGACUAUAAUUGUCCAAAUUGUCAAGACCGUGUGCUUGAUUGGUGUCGUAGAGAAAUACAAAGAGCUGUCGAAGUUUAACUUGAGGCAACUCACUUCACCUUAGCUCGAGAUUUGACUUUGGACAAGAAGAACAAAGACAAUUGUAGACAAUUGUGGAUACAAUAAUCUCUUUGUCACCCUUUUUGUAUCAUUAUAUUUGUUUUAUUGUGUGUUUGUUAAGUUUAGGAUGAUAUUAAUUUGAGUCUUGAAUUAGAUACAAGUACAAAUCUGUAUUAGCUUGAAUUUCAGAUAGUUCAUCAUUUUUAACAGUUCA